CAAAACUCCAUCGCGCCUUCCAAAACUAUCACAGGACUCAUUACUCUCACCAAAAUCUGUCCAACAUGGUGCCUCGUCCAGGCAGAAACUUUCCCGGAAUGCAGGGAAUGAACGCCAACCAACUUUUUGACAUGCUCCAAGCCGGUUAUGUCAUCCCUAUCUACGAGCGCGAAGAUUCCGAGCCCGAACAGCAAGAACCGCGCAUCGUGGAACUUGACGACGACUACGACAGUGAGAAAGAAAGAGAAAAGAAGAAGGCCAAGAACAAGAAGAAAUACUUGCGUCAGAAGGAGAAGGCUCAGGCCGAGAAGACCGAACUUCAGCCUCAGCAGUCUGGUCGCAACGAUUCUGUCGCCGAAAGUCUCGACCACAUGUCUAUCCAAGAUUCCACCACUACCAACUCUACCCAUGCGAAAGGCAGCAAAACUUCCACUGAGCCUCAACCCAAGCUCUCGAAACGUCAGAAGAAGACUCUGCUCAAGAAGGCCAAGCAAGCUCAAUCCACACCUCCCACCUCGGAAUCUGCUUCCACUUCCAUCAAUGGCGAUGCUACAUCCGACCCUCGCGAGAGCACCAACAAGGCUGCUGACGCAAGCUCCGAAGGUUCCAAGCAGGACCAGAACAAGAAUGGAGACAAGAGCAACAGCGUUGGUCACGAGAAGCACGAAGAUGGUAAUGACAAGGGUGAGGAGAAGGAAGUUGCCACUGAAGUCGAGGUGGAGGCUGUCAUGGCUACUGUCGCAAAGCGUUUCGGUCAAUGAGCAUGGGUCAAGACAUCUGUAUCACAGGAAGACUGUCAAGGGAAUGGAUGGAAAAAUAUAGCCAUGCUGAAUAAGCAUGAGUCGGACAGUCUGGUAUGUUGCUCUUCAAUGUUGUCAUGCAGAAAGUUCAAAUGCAAUGAAUCGUCAUCUUG